GCUAGUUAUAGCGGUUCCCGUCGAAAACCGCAGUACGAGUGCAAUCCAUGCGACGUGCGCACAUCUUCUCGAGAAAUGCUGACACUUUUGUUGAUAUUGGGAUCGGCUGUGAUCCUGAUCUACUAUUUAUUAGUUAAGCCUCAACUUUACUGGAAGCACAACCAUGUUACGCAAGGACCACCGAUUCCCAUCGCAGGUGAUAACUUAAAGAAUGCACUGAGGAAGGAAUCGUUUGUGGAUAUGAUCAAAAGGACGUACAAUCGCUUUCCGAAUGAGAGGUAUACAGGUAUUUAUCAGAUGACCACCCCAACACUGGUGCUUCGUGAUCCAGAUUUGAUCAAGCAGAUUACAGUCAAAGAUUUCGAAUAUUUUACCGAUCAUAGAUCUCUUGUCUCGGACGAAUCCGAGCCAUUAUGGAACAGAAACCUAUUUUCACUUAAAGGUGAAAAAUGGCGUGAUAUGAGGACAACAUUGAGCCCGGCUUUCACUAGCAGCAAAAUGCGUGCAAUGUUCAAUCUGAUCGAUGAUUGCGCUAAGAAGUUCAUAGAUUUUCAUUUGGAAGCUAGCAAAGAUGGUGAAAUUACAGUGGAAAUGAAGGAUAUCUUUACGCGUUACUCGAACGACGUUAUAGCGACGUGCGCCUUUGGAGUAACAUGCGAUUCGCUGAAGGAGCCGAAGAACGAAUUCUACGUGAUGGGUAGAGAAGCAACCGACUUCAGCAGCGUCAUGAAGAAUAUUGUUAUAUUUAUGUAUAUUCUUGUACCAAAUAUUGCUAAGAUGCUCAAACUCCCUCUGUUUAAUGAAAAUGUGUCCAAUUUCUUCAAGAAUCUCGUAAAGGAAACUAUCAAAAUGAGAGAAGAAAAUGGGAUUAUUAGACCCGAUAUGAUCAAUUUGCUUAUGGAAGCGAGGAAGGGCAGGUUGAAGUACGAAGAGGAAGCGAAUUACAACGAAACUGGUUUUGCUACUGUAAAAGAAUCGCAUAUUGGAAAGACUCAGGCGACGAAGCAUGAGAUCACUGAUAUAGAUAUAACUGCUCAGGCAUUGGUAUUUUUCUUCGCCGGCUUCGAAUCAGUGUCCAUAUUAAUGUCUUUCAUAGCAUACGAACUUGCAGUCAAUCCUGACAUUCAGGCUAAACUUAUCACCGAAGUUGAUGAGACUUACGCCGAAUGCGAUGGAAAACUGACAUACGAGAAGUUGGCUAUAAUGAAGUACAUGGACAUGGUCAUCUCUGAAACUCUAAGAAAAUGGCCUUCGGCGAUUGCAGCUGAUCGUGUCUGCGUUAAACCAUACACUAUACCUGCGGUAAAGGAAUCCGAAAAACCAGUACAUCUUAAGGUUGGCGACAUUUUAUGGUUGCCCAUCAUUGCUCUCCAUUACGAUUCUGAAUAUUACCCAAAUCCAGAUACAUUUGAUCCGGACAGAUUCAGCGAAGAGAACAAGCAUAACAUCAACUCAAGCACGUAUCUACCAUUCGGUAUUGGUCCAAGGAACUGCAUCGGAUCGCGCUUCGCCCUCAUGGAAACGAAAACUAUAUUCUUUCACAUACUCUCCAAAUUUGAGAUCACGGUUGUGAAAGAAACUGUGGUUCCUAUUCAAAUCAACAAGAAACAGUUUAAUAUUCUUGCGGAGGGCGGGUGGUGGCUUGGUUUAAAGCCUAGGAAAUAGGUUUUCUUAAAACAAUUAUGCGUAUGUAAUUUAACCGUUCAAUGAUGCUUAUAAUUCAAUAUCUUUAGUACACACUUAUCUUUACAUUCAAUCAUCACAUUUCAGUCAGAAUUGUAUGUAUUUAAUUUUUUUUAAAACUAAAAUCAGUUUCAGUAAUUAUAAUUUGGGGCUUUGACAUGAAAAGA